GUCUAAUUUACAAUAAAGCCUGAAUAUUGUCAAAGAGAACCAGUUAUCAUUAGCCUGAAAGGGUACUAUUAGCUAAAAUAAAAGUUGCCCAACCACACACAAGGAAUAUUUUUGGUGUUGCGUUGUACCACUUCACAUUUAGCCGCAAAUAAUCAUUGCCUGGUGUCAAAGAUGUCUACAGCUGAAAAUACAGAUCUCGACGAUCUGCUUGCUAUCCAUUCCUUAUAUAUGGUUUUCUGUACUGCAUUACUUCCACUUAUCCUUAUUGGUAUUUCCUUGUUUUACUCGGGAUUGACUCAAAGAAGAUCGUCUUUCACGAUGCUUAUAAUACCCACUCUUUUGUCACCUAUAGUUUUCAUAGAUUGGUUUAUCUGGGGUUAUUCGCUAUGUUAUGCAACUGCAAGUAAUCGUUUCAUAGGCAGUUUAAAAUUUGCUGUCCUAAGACAGCUUAGAGACCCGUCAACGCUCACUUAUAAGACUACUAGAGGUGAAAUACUUUCUGUGCUUCAUUUUCUUUUCAAUGGUCUCAUGAAGCUUAUAUGUGUAUGUUUGACGUUUCCAGGGUGUAUUGCUGAAAGAGGUAGGAUUCUUCCCAUGCUUGUAUUUUUGUUCUUUUGGUCAUGCAUGAUUUAUAAUCCUGUAACAUACUGGUUUUGGAAUAUGAAUGGUUGGCUUUCAACUCAACUAGAUUACAUUCCAGUAUUGGACUUCGCAGGUGGAAACUGUAUUCACGUAAUAAGUGGUUUUACUGGUCUUGCUUAUUCCUAUUUGUUGGGUCCAAGAAAUCCUAAAAUUUUAUAUAAUUACAGAAGUUCUAAUAAUGGACAUAUAGUGAUUGGAACCGUAUUUAUAAUUUGCGGUUGGUGUGGUUUUAUUGGUGGCUGUGACUUCAAAUUCAGCAGCUCAGCAAUAUAUAUAUUUAUAAAUACAAUUCUUUGUUGUUUUGUGAGUGCCAUAGUAUGGAUGGGAAUUGACUUUUACUUCUCUGCUAUUCCACUUGGUAGUUCUGAACUCGCAUCUGAAUCAACCAAGAAUGAAGGAAAUGCUUCAUUUUCCCAACAUAAUGGUGCUCAAACGAAGUUAUCUGAUGUUUCAAGAAAGAGAAAAUUUUCGAUGAUUUCAUUUUCUAGUGGAGCAAUGACCGGGCUUGUUGUGAUGACACCGGCUGGGGGGUUCAUAUCAUCACCUACUGAAUUUUGGAAACCCUUCGUAUUUGGUGUCGCUGGGGGAGCAAUUGGUAACUUGGCAACCCGUUUGAAGUAUUAUUUUAAUAUUGAUGAUGCUUUCGAUCUAUUUGCAAUCCAUGGGGUUUCCGGAAUGGUGAGUUCUAUAAUGGUUGCAAUUUUUGCAAAUGAUCAAUAUGGCUCCCCAGGGGGUUGGGUAAAAGGUAAUUGGAUACAGCUUGGACAUCAACUAGCGGGAACUAUUGCUACUGCAGUCUAUCUGUUCGUCAUGAGUUUAUUCUUUCUUUAUAUAAUUGAUAUUAUUCCAGGUCUACAUUUGAGAGUUGACAAAGAUUUCAAUAAAAGAGUAAGACGAGAACAGACUAAACAAAAGGAUGGUGAAGAUAUAGAACUUCAAAGCUCACCAGGUAAUCUUGAUAGUCACAUAACAAAUAGUGAUAUAACAUCUCCUAAUAGCUCAAUGAAUGUUUUCGAAAAAGCAGAAAUCCUUGGCUCUGACUGGUAUGAGUUUAAUGGAGAAUAUAAUGCUGAUUUUAUGGAAUUUAUCAAAGUGAUAAACCCUGAAGAUUACCCCAAUAAUGAAGAAUCAUUUUCGAUCUUUGGAGAGCAUGACACUAUAAGUGAACAUUACCGCAGCCCUGAUUACGACUUGCAUUCCGGUGAACAACAGUUGAUUCGGAAACGAGAAUAAUUUAUGAUUUUAUUUUUGUAUUAUAAUAAUAUAUUUACGAGCUUCA